AGGGAGCGGCGCCCAGCCCCGCCCCCGGCCCGAACCCGGAAGUGCGCGGGGGCGGAGGAGGUUCUAAGAUGGCGUCGCCUCCUCAGGGGGGCCCGAUGGCGAUCGCCAUGCGGCUACGGAACCAGCUGCAGGCCGUCUACAAGAUGGACCCGCUGCGGAACGAGGAGGAGGUGAAGGUGAAGAUGAAGGAGCUGAACGAGCACAUCGUGUGCUGCCUGUGCGCCGGGUAUUUCAUCGACGCCACCACCAUCACCGAGUGCCUCCACACCUUCUGCAAGAGCUGCAUCGUGAAGUACCUGCAGACCAGCAAGUACUGCCCCAUGUGCAACACCAAGAUCCACGAGACGCAGCCGCUGCUCAACCUGAAGCUGGACCGCGUCAUGCAGGACAUCGUGUACAAGCUGGUGCCCGGCCUGCAGGAGAGUGAAGAGAAGAGGAUCCGGGAGUUCUACCAGUCCCGUGGCCUCGACCGGGUGACGCAGCCCAGCGGCGACGACACGGUGGGGGGUGACCCCAUGGGGCUGCCCUACAGCACUUUCGACCAUUCCCGUGCCCACUACUUCCGCUACGACGAGCACGUCUCGCUGUGCCUGGAGAAGCAGAGCUCCAGCAAGGACAAGAGCAAGGCCGUUCUGCAGCAGAAGUACGUGAGGUGCUCCGUGCGGGCGCAGAUCCGGCACCUGCGGAGGGUCCUGUGCCACCGCCUGGGGCUGCCGCUGCAGCACCCCUGCCCGCAGGUGCAGAUCCUGUUCAACGGCGAGGCGCUCCCCGACCACAUGACGAUGAAGCAGCUCUGGCUCUCGCGCUGGUUUGGCAAGCCUGCACCGCUCCUGCUGCACUACAGCAUCAAGGACAAGAGGAGGUAGGGGCUGGGGGCGGGUGCUGCUCCCCCCCCGCAGCACAGCCCUGCUCCUGCCUCCCCCUCCCCCCCUUUAACUUAAUGCCC